UUCAAUUUUUCAAUUCGUUUGCUUGACGUUCACGGACGUGUAUCCGCACACAGCUCAUACUCGAAUACAUUUCGCAAUAGAUAUAUCAAAAUUCUCCGUGUGGGUUCUAUCUGGAUUGGAUGCAACAUUAAAUUACCAGUGUUUUUCCCGAUUUUCUAACGACGCAAAAUUCUCAGUGCAAGACAAAAACCGAACGCCUUAUUGACAACAUAAGAAAUUCACCAUCAUCGAUAAUAACAACAAGUCGACCGGAGGAAGUGGCUCCAAGCAACCAAGUGGAAAUCAUCGGACAAGCUUCUCGACGGGAUUGGAACAAAUAUCAUGUUGUUAAAAGUGCCAUCUGUGGACUGGACGGAUCAAAUAAUUUACGUUGUGGAAGACGACGACUCGCUGUCAGACAUCGACGAUGAGCCAGAUUUCUCCGAAUACAUGUGGAUGGAGAACGAGGAGGAGUUUGACAAGAACGAACUUCAACGCCUGGAGGAGGAGGAGAUCAUGCAGGAGUGUUUUGAAGCCAUGAUCGAGGACGAGCUGGAAGAACAGAUCAAUGAGUGGGAGAAGGCCAAAACGGACGAACAGAACACGGCGCUUUCUGCCCUGCCCAAAAGCCAAUGUAAUGUGGAACAGUCGGUUCUGAAUCCCAUGGCCGAUGAGUUCAUACCGCGUAGUCAUGUUCUGGAUUUUCCCGCCUCAUAAAGCCAACUCAUUCCCUGCCCGCCACAGAAUCACAAACCACCCCGAACCCAUAACACGUGGACCUCAU